ACGGCCCCGGCGCGUGCUGGGGAGAAGCGGGUUUGUUUUUGAAUCUGCGGUGGCAGCGAGUGGAGCGCACGGCUGAGACGGCAGCGUCCGGGACGGCAGCGCGGGACGGCUGCGUAGGAAGGAACUCGGGUCCCAGGCCCUCACCUCCCGCCCCCGAAGAUUCAAAAUGGAUAGUAUAGAAGAACCUCAGAAAAAAGUCUUCAAGGCUCGAAAAACAAUGAGAGUGAGUGAUCGCCAGCAGCUGGAUGCUGUGCACAGAGUCAAAGAGGAGCUGCUGAGAACUGACGGGAAGCUGCUGAACGGGAACCAUGAAAACGGAGACUUGGAUCCCACCUCGCCUCUGGAAAAUACGGACUGUAUUCAAGAUAGAGAAGAAGUGAAUGGGAUUGAUGGGGUUUGCUUUGAAUCUGAAGAAAGUAAAACAGAAUGGAAAGAAACACCUUGUAUCUCCAAUGCUGGUGUACAAAACAAGCAAGAAGAUUUGAAUAGUGAAGCUCUGUCCCCCAGUAUAACUUCUGAUCUUGCUUCUGAAGUAACCACUGAACCCGCUUCUGGUACCCCAGCCUCCAAUAACCCAGGCUGUGGUACCCCAGCCUCUGAUAACCCAGCCUCUGAUGAUAACCCAGCCUCUGAUAACCCAGCCUCUGAGGAUAACCCAACCUCUGAUAGCCCAGCUUCUGAUAACCCAGUCUCUGGUGAUCUGGCUUCAGGAGAGCUGGCCACUAGAGUACCAGCUGCUGGGGACUCUUCCUGUGAAGAGCCUCCCUCCAGUGAUCCUUCUUCUAGCCAUCCCUCUUCCAGUGAUCCCUCCGGUAGUGAUCCUGUCUCUGGAGAUUCUGUUUCUGAAGAACCCGCCUGUGAUGAUCUUGUCUCUGGUGAUCUCACUUCCGGUGAACCAGUUUCUGGGGAGCCAGUGUCUCAUGAAACAGCUUCAGGUGAACCAGCUACAAGUGAGCCAGCUUCAGAUGAAACAGUCGCAGGUGCAGUGACAUCUUGUGACCUGGCCCCUGGGGAAUCAGCUUUGGAUGACUGUGCCACCUCUGGUGAUUCACCUUCUGAUGAUCUGCCCUCUAGUGAGGAAUCCCUUCUUCGCAGGUCUGUCUGCAGCAGACUGGCUUCCAGUGAGCCGACUCCUUGUGACUUCUCUAUGGAAUCAGCCCCUGACACUGUGAAAUCACAUUCAGUGCCAGUUUGUGAACCAGGGCCUGACAUUGACAAGACAGAGCAGAGCAGCAAUAACAGUGAUAAUUGUCUAGACAGGAAUGAAGGCAAUGGGAACUUAGACCAAAUUCAAAGUAAAGACUCAUUUGAUGAGGGAAAUAAAGUGAACAGUAAUAUUGGUGAGAAGGAAGAAACUCUAGAAACACAUAGUGCAAUUAUUUGUUCUGAUCUACCUCCAGAAAAUACGAAGAAGGUAGAGGAAGAUCCUAUUGCUGAGCCUGCUCUUGAAGAAGAGGCCAUCUCCAGCAGCAUGGAAGUUGACCAAAGCGAAAAGGAUGGGCAUAAAAGCCCUGCAGAACUUGUAGAAGCUGCCAGUGAGGAGUCCACGGAAGAGGACAAGAAGGAUACUGUCUUAGACCACACGGAUUCUAUGGAAACAGAUGAGAUCAUCCCUAUAUUGGAAAAACUUGCACCCACCGAGGAUGAACUCAGUUGCUUUUCAAAAACUUCUCUCCUUCCAGUCGAAACAAGUCAAGAUUUGGAGGAUAAAAUGGAGGGUUCUUUUGGCUCACCCUCAAAACAGGAAAGUAGUGAGAAUUUGCCAAAAGAAGCCUUUUUAGUCCUUUCUGAUGAAGAGGAUAUUUCGUGUGGAAAAGAGGAGUCUGAAGUGCUAGCACAGAAUAAGAUGAGCUCUCCAGAGGGAAAAAGGAGUGAGAAGGCCAGCAAAGCUGAGGAAGAGGAGCGAGUUGCAGAUGAGGAGCAGCCUCCUGUGAGAAAUGACUUUUCCAGACGAAAACGGUCUAAGUCAGAGGACAUGGAUAGUGUGCAGUCCAAACGCCGGCGAUAUAUGGAAGACGAGUACGAGGCCGAGUUCCAAGUAAAAAUUACAGCCAAAGGAGACGUCAGCCAGAAGCUCCAGAAGGUCAUACAGUGGUUGCUUCAAGAAAAACUGUGUGCCCUGCAGUGCGCUGUGUUUGAUAAGACGUUGGCAGAAUUGAAGACUCGCGUGGAAAAGAUAGAGUGCAACAAGAGGCACAAGGCAGUGCUCACCGAGCUGCAGGCCAAGAUAGCCAGAUUAACCAAACGUUUUGGAGCAGCCAAAGAUGAUCUUAAGAAAAGACAAGAAAGCCCUCCAAACCCACCCAUAUCACCAGGAAAGCCUGCCAGCGACAUCAACAGCAAUAACAAUGUGACCUACAGAAAUGCAGGCACAGUGCGACAACUGCUGGAGUCCAAAAGAAAUGUUGGUGAGGGUCCACCACCGGCCUUUCAAACUCCUGUGAAUACAGUGUCUUCAGCCAGUCAUGUCACUUCCACAGCAGUUGUCAGUAGUCAGCCUAAAGUGCAGACCUCAGCAACCUCAGGUUCUCUGCCAGGAGCACCUCUUCUUCCUGCGCCCAGCACAGCCACUGUUGUGGCCACUACUCAGGUGCCUAGUGGGAACCCUCAGCCUACAAUCUCUCUGCAACCCUUGCCAGUGAUUCUGCAUGUCCCCGUCGCGGUAACCUCUCAGCCUCAGCUCCUGCAAAGCCAUCCAGGGACUUUAGUGACCAAUCAGCCAUCUGGCAAUGUGGAAUUCAUAUCUGUGCAAAGCCAGCCUACAGUGAGUGGUCUUACCAAAAACCCAGUACCCUUGCCGACCUUGCCAAACCCCACCAAACCAAACAUUCCAUCAGUGCCCAGUCCUAGUGUUCAGAGGAACUCUUCAGCCACCGCUGCACCUUUGGGAACAACACUUGCUGUACAGGCCGUUCCAACUGCCCAUUCUAUUGUGCAAGCCACAAGGACUUCGCUACCCACAGUCGGACCAUCAGGACUCUAUAGCUCCUCAAGCAAUCGAGGCCCCAUACAGAUGAAAAUCCCAAUACCCGCUUUUAGCACUUCAUCUUCUGCAGAGCAAAAUAGCUCUGCCACCCCAAGACUUGUUGCAGAAAACCAGACAAACAAAGCAGUAGACUCUUCUGUUAAUAAGAAAGUGGCUGAUAGUUCAUCGCAGAGUGGAAAAGCUUCUAGCAAUGACUCGAGUGGUGUGAUUGAUCUCACAAUGGACGAUGAAGAGAGCGGAAGUACACAAGACCCCAAAAAGAUCAAUCCUCCUUCCUCAUCUACGGUGAGCACUUCUCAGCCCAUGUCUCGACCCUUGCAACCCAUUCUGCCAGCACCGCCUCUUCAGCCAUCUGGGGUGCCAACCAGUGGGCCGUCUCAGGCAACUAUCCACGUUCUGCCUACAGCUCCAACCACCGUGAAUGUAACACAUCGUCCAGUAACUCAGGUGACUACAAGACUCCCUGUACCAAGAGCUCCUGCAAACCAUCAAGUGGUUUACACAACUCUCCCAGCCCCGACGGCUCAGGCUCCCCUCCGAGGGACUGUUAUGCAGGCGCCUGCUGUUCGCCAGGUCAACCCUCAAAAUAGUGUUACAGUUCGAGUGCCUCAGACAACCACGUACGUUGUAAACAAUGGACUGACCCUAGGAUCAGCGGGGCCUCAGCUCACGGUGCAUCACAGGCCACCUCAAGUGCACAAUGAGCCCCCACGCCCUCUGCACCCAGCGCCCUUACCAGAAGCCCCGCAGCCACAGCGCCUGCCCCCAGAAGCUGCCAGCACUUCUCUGCCUCAGAAACCACACCUGAAGCUAGCACGCGUACAGAGUCAGAAUGGCAUCGUCCUGUCCUGGAGCGUCCUGGAAGUGGACCGGAGCUGUGCUGCUGUUGACAGCUACCAUCUCUAUGCUUACCACGAGGAGCCCAGCGCCACCGCGCCCUCCCAGUGGAAGAAGAUCGGGGAGGUCAAAGCCCUGCCCUUGCCGAUGGCUUGCACUCUCACUCAGUUCGUGUCUGGCAGCAAGUACUACUUUGCAGUGCGCGCCAAGGACAUUUAUGGCCGCUUUGGGCCUUUCUGUGACCCUCAGUCCACGGACGUGAUCUCUUCCUCCCAGAACAGUUAGACCCUGGAGUUCUUUAGCUUCUUCCAUUUUUGAAAGUUUCACAUUUUGGGCUUGUUUUUAAUCUUGUGCAUGAAAUUCAAUGUAAAAACCCACCUUGUGCAAGAUCUCCCGGACAGACGACUGUAUACACUACGUUUGUUCAUAACCGGAAGCAAAAUAAAUUCAGCCCAUAAAGCAAGUCUUCCCCUGAACAAUUCAAACUUCAGGGUUCUGAAAUGUAUAUUUAUUCCUUGCUUUGGUUUUGAGGCUGGGGAAUACGUAUGGGUGUUUGUGUGUUUUCUUCCUUUCUUUGAAUUUUUAAAUUUCUAGUUGUAUGUGUAUCACGGUGCAUUCUCCUGUUUUCCUCUCAAAUUUACCUCUCUUCCGAUUGGAAAUGUAUUGGUGAGUGAAUCUGAGGUGCAGAGCUGGUGUGAUUCUGCCUCAAGAGGAGGCUAGAAGAUCAAAGAAUCUAAAUAAACCGAAAGAAAAGAAAAAAAAGAAAAGGAGAGAGAAAUUUAGCUUAAAGCAGAUGAAUUUAAGCAGAGGAAAUUCCCUCUCUGUUUUUGUUGAUUUCUCUGAGUCACUGGUGACCAGUGACCCUCACCCCAAGUUCCGAAUCUGCCUUCUCCUUUUGUUUCUGCCUUAACCUCAGAAGUCCACAGAGCAGGUGUCCAUUGUCGUGAAUUCCUCUCAGCUUCCAUUGAGUCUUCAUUGCCACCAAAAAGUCCACACCCUUUAAGUGUUUUAGAAGCAACGUGUGUGUUCUCACCCUCCGUGACAGCACUGCAUUCAGCUCCAAAGUUGUCACUUACCUAUAUGUUUCAAGAACAUAUUUUUAUUUUUGCCCAUCUUUUAACUCUACAUAAAAUAGGCCAUAUUGUUUAAGAACAAUUUUCUUUAAGCCUGUUUAAUAUCCAUGUUUUGUUGUUAGAGAAUCUGAAGUUCAUCUCAGCACUCAUGGGGUAGUGUUCUUUCAAAGGCAGGGCAUGUCAGAAUUCCUGAAACCCGGGGGUGGGGAGGAAGCUCAGUUUCUUCCUGAUUCUUAUGAGAUCCUUCCUGCCCUAGUGGGAACUGUUCCGGCAGUGCCAGGUGGAGUCUGAUGUCAUCCGCUCUGGGUAGGGACUAAACGCAAUCCUUCGGGUCAUUCCACAUUGUGGGGACAUCUGCUUGCUUUUCUAUUUCUCAUUCCCUCAAAAACGUUAGUAGACUCAGGCUCAGCCUUGCCUUUCCACAGCAUGGCAGCUGCGGGAAGCCAGGCAGGUGCUUUGGAGACCUGACAGGGAGGGCGAGCAUUUGGGGAUGAGUGAGGUGUUUGUGGAGUCUGAAGGCACUUCUGAGCUGUCUUCCCUCUUGGUAUUUUAAGCCUUAUGUCUACCUUCACAAGCUACACUGGCCAUUCACUUGUCCUGGCAUUAAAAGCAGAAGCUCUGUUCCUUUUGUGUAUUCGCCUCUGUGAUGGCUUACAGAAGGAAUCUUGAGUUGUGAAGACAUUGUCUUUGUUGACUUCACCGGGUGGUGUUCUGUCAUCUUCUGUGUGAACUUCAGUUAAUGAAGGCAGCCUACAGUUGCCAAAGUCUAAAUGUUCCUAACCGUCCUCGCUGAGAAAAAGGAGAGCAGGUGAGAAUCACUGUCCCACAAGUUAGACAUGGCACGAAAUCGUGUAGCUAGGACUGCUAAGAUUCCCGUGAUCUUGGGAAACUGUUGCCAGGGUUAUGGUAAUAAGGAUUUGGAAAGGAAGAAAGGAUUUCUAACUGUGUGUGAGCACCUCUCUGUACUAAGUGUGUUUCUGUCUUGUGGGUACCGUGUUUAUCUUCUAUUCAAUAUCAUUCCUGUCUAUAGCAGAAAAUGCAUAUUCAAAAUUGUUUUCACUGGCUGGUCAGCUCACUAGCUAAUGAAAGUUUCUCUGGAUGAAUAUGUUUGUUUAUAUUCAGUAAUUUUAUAUUUACUAGUUUUUUUUUAAAAAAAAGUUUUCAUAGUGUUAUAUAAUCACGUGAAGAAAGCCCAGUGGAAUUAAUAUUUUAUUGUUUUGGCUUUUACUUGGGUGUUUUUUGUCAAAGGAAAAAAAUCCCAAAUAAUGGCUCUAGAUGAAGAUUUACUGCAGAAAGUAAUUACUGAAAACUGUUUAUUCCAGAUUGGAACGAAGGUAUAGGCAGAGACUGUAAUUGUUAGGGGGAAAUAGACUUGUGGAUUGUCUCUGCAGAUAACUGUUCCUGAUGCUUGCUUUGGGCGGCAGCCACGUUGGAUUCCCCGAAUGUGCUCAACUUUAGAGAGGCGAAAUGUAGGUGCUGAGGGGUCUUGGCUUUUUAUUUGGCUGUCUGUGGGGGAGAGUGGAGGACGUUUUACUCCCUGUUAUCUCUUCUCAAAGUAUUAAAAAUAAGCUCAAUUUUCCCAUUUUUGGGGAUUCAAGUUUGCUACAUUUUUAGCCUCACAAUACUGGUAAGUAUUGCCUUACUGGGAAUCCUGGAAACUUGUGAAGUUUCUCGAUGAAGUGUCGGAUGUUUCUGUAGUACCUAGCGGUAACAGCUGUGUUUGUCACUCUCUCCUUUGCACUUUGAGUACUUUCCCCCCUGCUUUAAGUGUGAGUAAGCCUCUUUUAAGUUCUUGCUAAUGUCAUACAAAGACAGCAUGUUGUAACAGUUCUCUUUACAAGGUGACUGUGUCCCUGUUUCUCCAGGCUCGGUUUUCUUUUAAAUCCACAGAGUGCUUUGUGGACUGUGUGAUGCAGUAUGGCUUUAUGAAAGGAACCGAGCUUUCUUCCUUGGAAAUAUUUCUUGGGAUAGCGUUUGCCUCAUGAGAGGUGUUCUUCCCCGACCCCCACCUAUGCCAGAGAAAGGAUACCUUUUGCAAACAUGAGCAGCAAGCUCGGACCUCUCUUCAGGAGGGCUCUCCUCCAGUGUCAGAGAGCUGUUCUGGUGGCUUGCUCCAAUUGCUUUCCUCAGAAUUACCACUUAGUGCCAGUGUGGCGUGGCAGGCAUGUGGCUUCCCACGCGUCUCCUAGUACGGUAUGUGAUUUAGAAUGCUCAACGUGGCUUCUUCUCAUGACGGGCUGUGAUUUCACCCCAUGGGUCCCACAAAGAAAGCCUUCUUUCCGAGUGUUCUCCUGACUCCUCAGGCCAUUUCAGUAUCAAUAUGGUAAUUUUUCCCACUUGCCUGUGAUUGGGUGGCUUGUUUGAUUCUCACUGAACUACACACUUCCUUGUGCUAUAGACAAUAACUGUGUAAUCAUUUGCGAUUCUGUCUUCCUUAAUUAUUUUCUGGGCAAAUGGCUUUAAAAAAUAUUUAAGGGACACACAAAGAUUAGAGCAAUUAUGAGGGGUUUGUUGGAGACUUAUUUGUAAAACUCACCCCCUUGAGCCGGAAGGGAAGAACUGAAGUCGCUCCUAUCUGCAAACGACUCUAUCAUGUCUGAGCUUUUGUUUUGUGUUUUAUAUGUAGCAUAGCUGAGUACCUAUCAUUUAAAUAUUUAAAUGUGUCUUCUCUCCCCUUUUCUUUUUGUAAAUAAGGGAAUUAAGCAAUCAAACACCUUCUGGGGGAUCCUAGCUUGAGGAGUUUAUCAACCAUUCAUAUGUAAAUGUAAAAAUAAGUCCCUUUAGGAAACCUGCAUCCUAAUUUGUUUGUUGCAGUUGGAAAUGUAAAUAAUAAGAUGCUGUAAGAUCCUCCUAAGGUCUAAUGCUAACUGGGCUGUAGUAGGUUGGUUGCCCUAUUUUUAUUAGGUUUUGAAGGUUUUUAAUUUUCUUCCUUUCCUAAAUGUACAGUACAGUGGUGUCCAUGUAAGUGUUGGCUGUAGUGGGGUUUGCCCAGCAAGCCUGAACUUUAUACUUUGAAAUAAAUGACUGGGUUUUUAUCA